UGCGGGGAGGCAGAGAGCCCAGUGUUCAUCUGCAGCUCCGACCAGAGCGGAGAUGGAGGAGGAGCUGCCCGGCAGCGAGCUCCUUUAACCCGGAGAGAAGAGCACCAGACGGGGGGGCGGGGGGACAACCAGCCAUGACUGAAAACUGAGCAUCAUCCCGGAGGCAUCAUGAAACCAGUCCUGUGUUGAGCCUCUCCUUGGUGGGUUGGGAUGGCCCAGUGAUGAACGGAGCGGUGGUGCCUGGUAGCCCGGAGCUCUCCUCCUCGUGCCCACUGCCGGACUGGCGAGAGUUCUGUGAGCUCCAUGCGCGAGCGUCUGCCGCAGACUUUGCUGACAAGUUCCAACGGUUCCUGUCGGAGAACCCCUGCUACGACUCGCCCGGUGCUGAUGCGAGCUUCUCACAGCACUUUGCCCACCACUUCCUGGAGUGCUUCUCCGCAGCGCUGACCCAGGCAAGAGAGAGCCAGACGUCCUCGCCGGGGGAGGACGGCGCCAACGCGGCACCCAAGUACAGCAUUGUUCCUUUUCUGGGAAUCCAGGGGUGCCCGCUGUCCUACGGUCACGUCCUUUAUCAGAGGCGCAAAGACGCUGGGGCUUCAAGUGAGUCCCUGGACAGCAUGGACAGCGGAGGGGGAGGGUUAGACGGGGGAGGCGGCGGCACCGCCGCCUCCCGGGGCCCUCAGGCCACUCACAAGGUGUCUGCUUUGGGACAGUCCCGCAGCUCAGAGGACGUGUCAGUCAGUCACCCAAAGGCUCGCUUCAAGAAAGGCUUCUCCCUGAGGAACAUGAGCCUUUGUGUGGUGGACGGGGUGAAGGAGAUGUGGCACAGACGGGCCUCCCCUGAACCAGAAGCCCCCUCUGGGAGCAGGAAGGUGAACGGGGCAGUGGGAGGAGGAGGAGGAGGAGAAGCAGGAGGAGAGAGAUGGUCCCAAAAGUUGCGGCUGCCCAGGGGUUCCCAGGGCCACAAGGCAGAGUUACUGGAAAUCCAGAGGGAGGGAGCGCUGAGGUACAUGGUGGCCGAUGACACGAACUGUAUGGGAGCAGCGCAGUGGCAGAAGUGCCGGCUGCUGCUGAGGAAGACGAAGAGGGACGAAGGAGGGGAGAAAUUCCUGCUGGAGUUCUACGUUCCCCCCAAGUCUUCAAAGCCUAAAGUGAGCAUCCCUCUGUCAGCCAUCGUGGAGGUGAGGACCACCAUGCCGCUGGAGAUGCCAGACAAAGACAACACCUUUGUUCUGAAGGUGGAAAACGGGGGAGAAUACAUCCUGGAAACCAUCGACUCCCUGCAGAAAAACUCAUGGGUUGCUGACAUCCAGGACUGCAUAGACCCCGGUGACAGCGGUGAUGACAUUGAGCUGGCCUCCUGUCCUCACGGUCAGGCCUCCAAAGACUGCUCCAUGGUGGCCUCCUGCAGCUGCGAGCUGCUGUCUGAGGGCGUGUAUCGGGCUCCGGAGAGGUCGUGUUCUGCAGCUGCAGAGCAUUACAGCGCCCCCUCAGUGCGUUGCAGGGAACCUUCGUUCACCCAACACCCGUCCCACGUGCCUUUGGAGCGCUUCCUUCAGUCCCCAGAGGCCCAGAGCUCCAACUCCUCUGCAGGUGGUGGCGAAGGAGGGAAAGAGUCAGAGGGCGAUGCGAGCUUGGUGGAUUACCCAUGGUUCCACGGUACGCUGUCUCGGGUGCGAGCUGCUCAGCUGGUGCUUGCAGGCGGCGCCAGGAGCCACGGGCUCUUUGUGAUUCGCCAGAGUGAGACACGGCCUGGCGAGUAUGUUCUCACCUUCAACUUCCAGGGCAAAGCCAAGCACCUGCGUUUGUCGGUUAAUGAGAACGGGCAGUGCCACGUCCACCACUUGUGGUUCCACACCGUCUCGGACAUGUUAAGACACUUCCACACCCACCCGAUCCCCCUUGAAUCUGGAGGCUCGGCAGACAUCACGCUGCGCUCCUACGUUCAGGUGCAGCGGUGCGCUGCUACAGCAGAUGUUGCCAUGACGCCAGUCGUCACACCUUCCAGGGAUGCAUCCUGCAGAACAGAUUCGGCCCAGCCAGUUCUCCACCCCUCUGGAACGGCAGCACCUCCUUCCGAUGCCCCACUUUCUUCUAGCGCCUCCUCCUCACCCAUCACCCUUCCUUCCCUUUCCAGAAGUGACCCAGGUACUGGAGGAGGCGUAGCAGGAGGGUUACAGAGCAGAAGUAACAGCUCUGAACGCCUGCUGGAGGCCUCUAGUGGUUCAUCUGAGGACUACCAUGAUGCAGAUGGGACUCGCAGGGCCCGCGCCAUCGAAAACCAGUACUCUUUCUAUUGAACACCCCAGAGCAGGGUUGAAGCUGUGUUUUUGUUUGGUUUUUUUCCUGACUAGGAGAGAUGCAGAAAAUGUUAAGUCACAUAGGGUACUCUGAGUGUGGGGGGGGAAAAGUGGUCCAAUUCACUGCAUCGCCCAUCACUCUGUUUGGUUUCGUUUCCAACUAGUUUCCUGUUUUUCAGAUUUGACAAAUGUGGAAAAAUGAUGCCAAGUGAUGUGUCAACGCUAAAAAUUCCCAGAGUUUUUGUUGGUUCGUUUCAAACUUAGAGGUCAGAGAUAUGAGUGGAAAGAGAUGCAGAGGAUUAUGGGUUGAAAAAGGACACGUUAACACGUCAAAACUGUGGCGAGCAGCAGCCGAGUAGCCAGAGAAAUAUAGAGGAAGUCAUCCAGCGGAGUCACAUGGCAUUGAUCCACCUCCUCUGACCAUUUCCUGUUCAGCCUUACCCGCAGUUCCCCGGGAGCAGAACAUGUGUCACCACCCUGCUGGAGAAAUGAGAGUUCGAACUGACCCUAAAGAAACAGCCCUUCCUUUUUAAGCUUCUCAGAGCUGUUGAGCGCAUCCCGUUAAUGUUUGUAAAGCUGCUUUGAGUCUGUCCCGGAUAUCCUCGCCGUCUCUGUGGGUUUUUCCUGCAAAGUCGUGCUCUGGGUCUCUCCUCUACACAUCGGUACAGCAAUCACAUGUGUUAGUGUUAGAUUGGAGAUGUUUUUCUUGUCCAUGUACAGCCAGAAAAAAAAAAAUAGGGGGAGGUGUCUUACCGUCUGGCAAUUACUUUAGAUUUGAAAGGACUUUUGUCCAUAGCAACAAAGAUGGUGACGCUGGCAUCUCACAACAGCACAAAAGUUGAAAAAUGAAGUGCAGAUAAUUCAUCUACCGUCAGUUUCUGCUUAAAACAUUAUAAACAUGCAUAUGUCGACGUAAUAAACAGUUUAGAGAGUUUUAUAAAUGGCUCCACAAUACACAUGGGAGUCCACGUUUUUUUUGCAGAUCAGUUCCAAGUUGUUUUUACGGACGGGUCACGGUGAAUUUCCUGCUGGUUGUCACUAUGAAUGUGUGGUGCCGUAUUAGACUCCACAUAUUGUUCAAGAUGUAUGUGCUGCAGUAGUGUUUUUAAAACAUUGGGUUUUCUGGGUCCCUCCUGGUGAUCGCUCUGUAUUCACACACAUCAUGUUGAUAACCUGUAGAUUAGAUAUGCUGUUAAUAUAGAUUACUGUAAAGUAAUGCCUUGAAUAUAUUAUACCAAAUCCAGCAUUUACAGUAUGGGAGGGACUUUGAACUUUUCUUUGUCUUUUUCUAUAAUUUUUUUUAGUGUGAUAGUAUCGCAUACUGUUUGGUGUGGCCUGCAGGUGAACUGAUGGGUAUGAACGGGAACAGUACAGUACAAAAAAAUAAAAGGUGCUAAGUGGCCAUGCUUGAAUUGAUUUUUUUUUUUUAAAUGCUGACUCAGAAUUUAUUUUUUUGUUGGUUUUUUUUUUAUAAAUACUGCUUUAAAUAACACCUGAUUUUCACCCAAGAUGAGCGCUAGUGUGAGUACUUGUCUUAAUCUCCUGAUUUCAGUUAAAAGGAGAAACUCUCAUAAAUGGAAACAAACGUAAGCGUGGGGCUGGUGUCUCCUCCACGAGUGUCUCUCUGACUGUUUACAGCAGGAACCAGCAAAUGCGUCUCUACCCAAACUUACUAAGAUGACAUUUACUCAUGUAUUGUCGAGGUACUUGUACAUUUAACAUUUACUUUCUGUGCAAUUAUAUGCUUCCUGUCCACUUCUUUUCAGAAGUAAACCUUGUACUCUCUGCUCUACUGCAGUUGUUUGUGAGCUUAGUUCAUUGGUUACUCCAGAUAUGAGUAUGAAACACAGUGGAUAAGACUAGUGGACAUUAAAUCACUAGUUUUGUGUGGUCUCAUGUCGUAGAGCAAGCUGCUUCUCAUCUAUCCGCAGCAAGGUUUCACAGGUUCAGAAAUGAUAUGUAGCUAAAGUCAUUACAUUUCACCAGGGAUUGUGCACUUAAUUAUUUUUGAACUAAUUAGCAGGUAACAAGUAGAGAAAUGUUUGAAAGUUAAGAUUUGUUGAACAAAGAAAACAUACAUUGUGUAAAUGCAUGUCACAAGAACUACUGUACUUCGCCUGCAGCUGCUUGUGUUUAAUACAGAAAAUGUAAUGCGGUUUUCUUUUUUCAUCAGUCCAGUGAUCAAAUAUUUGGUUAUAAAGUAACAGACGAAGUAAUUAAAAAAAAAAGAUGAAAUCACAAAGUAGCACGUAGAAUCUGAAAUGAGCUGUGGUUUUAGUAUAGUUAAUAAUAAUACUGGAAAUGCUUUUUAUAUUAUUUUGUUUUCAAAGACAUUACAUUUGUUAUUUUUUUGCCAUUACACAAGAGCCUCAUAUCACAAAACCAUCACGAUUAAGCUACUUUAACCAUAAAAUACUUUUCAGUGGCAACUUCAGCUGACAAUAAAUCACUACUGAUGGCAGGUUUAUUUCUCAUUAUUACUGUCUCAAAGCAAGACAGAGAGGAAGUGUACAUGUUGUUUUGUUGGGCUUUGGUUUUAAGACAGCUGAAAACAUCACAACGGACAUAUUUUAAAUCACUGCCAACAAUAAAGCAAGCAGCUUCAUGCAACACCUGUCACAUAUGCAUGGCUUUUUUGCUCAGCUGGGGAAGAAACAUAUCAAGAGCCGACACGUGUCUUUUCAAGCAUGGCCACCCAGCCUCAAAAGUGACUUGAGUGAAAGAGUGAAUGCAGCAGUUUAUGUGCCAAUUUGAAUCCUAUUUUUUGAAACGUGUAAUUCACUGUAAAUGACAUUUUUCCUAUCGAGUCUUUAUUCACAUACGGCCCAUUCUUCUUGAUGAAACGUGAAUGCCUGCUGUUGCGAGGAAACCCAUCCCACAUAUCACAGAUCAGAUCGCUCAUGUCUACCUUUAUUUUCUUAAAUCUCUUACAGCUGAACUUUCUGUGGUCGGACUGAGUUUUGAAGAGUCUGUGCAAUUUUGUACAAAGUGAUGUACUUGACAUACUACUUUAUAUUUCUGUGAAUAAAAUGUGA